AUGAAGAAGGCCACAUCCAAAGUCCUUGCCCAUGUAUAUCGCUCUCGCUACAGCGAACCCACCAACGGACCUAAAUCACUACAGCUUCAGCAGAUGAUAUUGGAAGACCUUCGCUUCUCCGCGUCCCACAUGAAAUGUCACAGGGCAAAAGAGCAAGCUGUAGACAACACUGUUGGAAACGCUGAGGAUUCAUUCCUCAACCUCGCCUCCUAUUUCGAGAGGCUCAAAGCUACAAACCCAGGCACGGUUACUGCAAUCGAAACCGAGCUUGACAUAGAAGGUAACACAUGUUUCCUAUAUGGUUUCCUAGCUUUUGGUUCUUCAAUACAGGGGUUCUACCGCCUACGCAAGGUCCUCAUUAUUGAUGAUACGCACCUAUCGGGGAAAUACAAGGGGGUUCUAAUGACUGCUAGUGGCCAAGACGCAAACUUUCAAGUGUUCCCUUUGGCUUUUGCUGUCGUCGAUGGCAAAACUGAGGAACCGUGGACCUGGUUCCUCAAGAAACUUGAAAGGAUCAUUGUUGACUCAAAUUCCCUCUCCAUUAUCUCAGAUCGUCACUCUUCUAUAAUCAAAGCCAAGCGUGUUGUCUUCCCACAUGCACAUCAUGGAGCCUGCAUAGUCCACUUAAUGCGAAACAUGGUCUUACGCUACAAGAACAAAGGUCUAGCCAAAAUGGUGUGUGAGGCUGCAUUCUCUUACCGGCGCAAAGAUGUUGAUCUCUGUUUCGCCAAAAUCAGGCAAGCAAAUGGAGAAUGCGCCAAAUACCAUGAGGGGAUUGGAACUUCAAAGUGGUCUAGGACUUACUUCCUUGGGACUCGGUACAACCUAUUGACCAGCAACACCGCAGAGUAG